AUGACCACGGUUGCAGAUAUGGAUUAUAUAGCAGACAGUAGUGGCUCCAACUCAAAUCAAACAGGCACCACAACACCAGCAGCCACAUUCUUUACAACAUCCCAGCUGGAUUUCAAUGCCACGGAUGGCAACUCCACCUCCAAUGGCUUUGUCACCGAAAUGGAUCUGGAGGAGGCAUCCUCCGAGGACGAGGAGAUGCUAAGGAUAGCCUUCUUCAUCGGUGACUUUGUGCAUCAGUACUAUAUCCCAAUCCUUUGUUGCACCGGCAGCAUUGGCAACAUUCUCUCCGUCUUUGUCUUCUUCAAAACCAAGUUGAGGAAACUCUCGUCCAGCUUUUACCUGGCGGCCCUCGCCGUCAGCGACACCUGCUUCCUGGCCGGCCUCUUUGCCCAGUGGCUGAACUUCCUCAAUGUGGACAUCUACAACAGGAACUACUUCUGCCAGUUUUUCACCUUCUUCAGCUACCUGGCCAGCUUCUGUUCCGUAUGGUUUGUGGUGGCCUUCACCGUGGAGCGCUUCAUCGCUGUAAUUUAUCCCUUGAAGCGCCAGACCAUGUGCACAGUGCGCCGGGCCAAGAUCGUUCUCUCUGGAUUGACCCUCGUUGGAUGUCUCCACUGUUUGCCCUACAUUGUGAUCGCCAAGCCGGUCUUUAUGCCAAAGCUAAAUACCACAAUUUGCGAUCUUAAUUCGGAGUACAAGGAACAACUCGCCCUCUUCAACUACUGGGACUCGAUUGUCGUCUAUGCGGUGCCCUUCACCACCAUCGCGGUGCUCAACACCUGUACAGGUUGUACUGUGUGGAAAUUCGCCACCGUUCGCCGAACGCUGACCAUGCACAAGAUGAAACCCCAAACGAAUAGCAUGCCCUCGAACUCAUCGAACUCAUCCGGUGGAUUGUCCGCAGUGACUUCCUACCGCACCACAGCCUCGCUGAAGCGCCAAAAGUCAACAGGAACGCAUCCGAGUGGACAGCACAACGUGGCCAUCAGGCAGCAGCAGGAGGAGCAGGAUCAGCAGCACCAGCAGCAACAGCAGCAGCAUCCUCAGCAUCAGCAUCAGCAUCACAUAAACAAUUGUCAACACCAUUGCGAAAUUACACAGAAGCCAGGUCGUCGCAAGGUACAGAACUCAUCGCAGCUGAAGGUAACCAAGAUGCUGCUAAUUGUCUCAACGGUUUUUGUCUGCCUCAAUUUGCCCAGUUGCCUGCUGAGAAUCGAGGCCUAUUGGGAGACGGAAUCGGCCAAGAAUGAAAAUUCCACAAUUGCCCUGCAAUAUAUUUUUCACGCUUUCUUCAUCACAAAUUUUGGCAUCAAUUUCGUGCUUUACUGCGUCAGCGGACAGAAUUUCCGCAAGGCCGUAUUGAGCAUUUUCCGGCGAGUCUCCUCCGCCCAGCGGGAGGCGGGCAACACUCAAGUGACAGUUUCUGAAUACUGUCGUAAUACUGGCACCUCCACCAGGCGCAGGAUGAUGACCCAGCAUUGCUGGAACGAAAUGCACGAGUUGCAUCCACUCAAGUGAAUUGAGGGAAAAUAAAAAAGAGCUUUCCACGAAAAGAGGAAAACUUGGGUUGGCACUUCAAGAGCGAAUGAGAGAAAUCGCGUAACACGGCCGGCGGAUAAGCAGGAAUUUUUUCGCUUUUAAUU